AUGCUCGCUGAGGAUGGCGUUGACUUCCUGGGAGCUGCCUGCUCCGAGGACGCAGGAAACAAGACGGUGGGGGAGUGUGGGAAGAAGCUGAGCGACUCCUCGUGGGCCUCUGAAGACCUCAGCUGCAGGUCAGAGGUCAGGCGGGAUGUGGAGGCCAGCAGCCGGAGCCCAGAGCUGACCGGAGCGGCCGACUCUCACAGAGCGAUCAGCCUGGACGCCUCCGAGUGUCUGACGGAGAUGAGCGAUCUCUCGUCUUUAGUCAGGAGCACGGCUUUGGAAGACCUCACGUCCAUCGGGGACAAACGCUUGUUUCAAGGGGAGGAGCUCGUCCCUGAGCAAGUUGGCGAUGGACUGGCGGCUGAUGACGCAGCUUUAAAGUCCUGCAGAGACUCUGGAACCAAAACUGUCGCUCCAGAAAGUCAACACGCCGCUCAAACCCAGCGUCUCUCACAAUCUGCAUUUGAUUCUCACUCAGAAGAUCUUCACCCAGCGAACAGCGGCCGGAACGAUCGCCCUCUAACCCACAUGCCGUCUGACGACAUGGCUGAAAACGGGGCCUGCGAUUCAAGGCCUGACAUGUCUAACGGCUCGGAGCGGAGCAGCGGUGGGGCUCAGACCACCGGUGCCGCCGAGCUGCAGAAAACACCCCCCCAAAGUUCGCCAGCCAGAAAGUCUAUGGUGCCGGUCGCCAUUUUCAAAGCUCAAGCAAAGAUGGAUAACGGCUCCACAGAGAAGACUCAAACUGCCACCACACCAACCUCUGCCCCUAAACGACCAUCCGUAGUCGCCAAGGGCAACAAAACACUCACGUCCGCCCGAAACGGCCACAGCUCCAUCCCCAUUAAAGCCAGCAGCCCAGGGCCCAGGCAGCCCGGAGCUGGUGCAAAGUUUCAGUCCCCAGGAGCCAAAACUUCAGUGAGAACUGCAGCUCAGCCAGCUAAUGCCAAGAAACCUCCCACUCCAAAAAAUGAAAAAGAUGCCAUGAGUGGACAGAGCAGCCCUGGUACUCCCAAAUCCCCCUCGAGCCAAGCACACUCUGCCAAGUCUGUGGCCGAGGCCAACAAGGUGAAGAAGAUCGCUGUGGUGCGCUCGACGCCCAAAUCCCCGGGCUCACUGAAGAGCCGCCCGCCGGCUCCUCUGGCCGCCGCGGCGCCGAUUCCGGACCUGAAGAACGUCAGGUCCAAGGUCGGCUCCACAGACAACAUCAAGCACCAGCCUGGAGGUGGGAAGGUUCAGAUCCUGGAUAAGAAGCUGGACUUAACUAACGUCCAGGCUCGCUGCGGCUCUAAAGACAACCUCAAGCACACGCCCGGAGGAGGCAAGGUGAGGGACAUCUGGACGUUUGUGUUUGACUGUUAAAAUGACUGAAGGACAGAAACACAGUGCUGGGGUCACGAGUGAGCAACAAACCAUGACACGAUUUUGUUCCUUUUGGAUUUCAAGAAUGAAUGUGAAUAAAAUGAGAGGAAGUCACAGCUCAAGGAAUAACGUUGAAAUGUAGUAAGGAGGAAAUGCUGCGUAAAAUAUUGUGAAUAAAAUCUAAA